AUGUGUGGUAAGAAGCAACCAGAAAGGAUGCUCAGUGGAACUUUAGUGGUAUUAGUGGCGACACUGGCGCUCGCCGCCGCGGGGCACUCCCCUCAUGCUGACGAGAUCGAGCAGUUGAUUGCGAGUGGGGUGAUCGACUCUAGGAUUUCUGAUAAUAUCCUGGAAGAUGCUAGUUUCGAUGUGCCGGAGCUCGUCCGAAAGUAUGGGUAUCCCCUGGAGGAGCACGAGGUAAUCACCUCGGAUGGGUACAUCCUGACCAUGCACCGCAUCCCGCACGGCCGCGAUAACAACAACCAGCCUGGAGAUAGACCUAUCGUGUUCCUUAUGCACGGCCUCCUCUCCUCCUCUGCUGACUGGGUGUUGAUGGGGCCUGGUUGUGCUCUAGGCUACAUUCUUGCUGAGGAAGGUUUCGACGUAUGGAUGGGCAACGCUCGCGGGAACUAUUACUCUCGUCGGCACCUCCGUCUCAACCCUAACGGUAUCCUGAACACUGAUUUCUGGAAGUUUUCCUGGGAUGACAUAGGACACCACGAUUUACCAACUAUGAUCGACUACGCUCUCCAAGCUACUGGCAGACCAAGGCUGCAUUAUAUCGGCCAUUCUCAAGGCACAACUGCGUUCUUCGUGUUUACCGCCAUGCGACCAGAAUAUAACGCUAAGAUUAUUUCCAUGCAUGCCUUUGCUCCUGUAGCCUAUAUGGCGAAUAAUCAAAAUCUCUUCUUAAGAGUGAUAGCUCCCUUCUCAAAAAGUCUUGACCAAUUGGCACAUUUAAUCGGUUUGGGUGAAUUUCUACCAAACAAUCAGAUCAUGACCUGGGCAGGACAAGCUCUAUGCAUGGAUGAAGUGAUAUUCCAGCCUAUGUGCAGUAGCAUUAUGUUUUUACUUGGAGGAUGGAAUGAGGAUCAACAUAACGCUACGAUGUUCCCUGUGAAGUUAGGGCACACCCCAGCCGGUGCGUCCGUCACACAGUUUGCCCACUACGGCCAGAGCAUCUCUGACAAGGGCUUCCGACGCUUUGACCACGGCUGGCUAGCCAACAGGCGGCUCUAUGGUAGCCGCUCGCCUCCGAGCUACGACUUGUCUAAAAUCACCACACCUGUAUUCCUUCACUACUCUGACAACGAUCCUUUGGCUCAUGUUGAAGAUGUUUUCCGCCUGUUUAGAGAUCUCGGCCGGCCAGCAGGCCUGUUCCGCAUUAACAUGUCGAAAUUCUCCCAUUUAGACUUCAUAUGGGGUAUCGACGCUAGAACACUAUUGUACGACAGAACUAUCAAUUUGAUAAAGGCUAUGGAUUCAGUUUAAUAAAAAAGCGUGUUAAAAAAUCAGCA